CAUCCUCUGCUGUCCCUGUCUUCUUUUGCCAUCUGUUGUUCCCAGCAUUAACUGUUGUAUAACUUGUUUUAAUCUCAUGUACUUCAUGUCUUCUCAGCCACAAGUUACUCUGUUAUAGUAAUGUUGCAGUGGGUUUUUUUUAAUCUAUUAGGUGUUGUUAAAAGUGCUGGUUUGUGACCAUGUGACCACAGAAGUUCAACAUACUUGACAGAUGUCUUCAUUCAUUAGGCCAGGGGUGGAGAACCUGCAGUGCAGACAUCAUCUGGUCUUAAUCUAAUUCCGUGCAGCCAGGUAGCAGAGACUGGAUGGCACAUGGAACAUGAAAGAGCAAAGUGAUUUUCCACCUGCCAGUGACUCUGGCUUAUUUUUUCUUGCCACGAUGGCAACUGCACCUUACAACUAUUCCUACAUCUUUAAAUACAUCAUUAUUGGGGACAUGGGCGUAGGGAAGUCCUGCUUGCUUCACCAGUUUACAGAAAAGAAAUUUAUGGCGGAUUGUCCCCAUACAAUCGGCGUUGAGUUCGGUACAAGAAUAAUUGAAGUUAGUGGCCAGAAAAUUAAGUUGCAGAUCUGGGAUACGGCAGGACAGGAGCGAUUCAGGGCUGUCACACGGAGCUACUACAGAGGAGCAGCAGGAGCGCUCAUGGUCUACGACAUCACUAGAAGAAGCACAUAUAACCAUCUGAGCAGCUGGCUGACGGAUGCAAGGAACCUCACCAAUCCAAAUACUGUGAUAAUCCUUAUAGGAAACAAAGCAGAUCUGGAAGCACAGAGGGACGUAACGUAUGAAGAAGCCAAACAGUUUGCUGAAGAGAACGGGUUGCUGUUUCUUGAAGCCAGUGCAAAAACAGGAGAGAAUGUUGAGGAUGCGUUCCUAGAGGCUGCCAAGAAAAUCUACCAGAACAUCCAAGACGGGAGCCUGGAUCUGAACGCCGCAGAGUCGGGUGUACAACACAAGCCUUCGGCUCCACAGGGUGGCCGGCUAACCAGCGAACCCCAGCCCCAGAGAGAAGGCUGCGGCUGCUAGUGACCUCAAAACCUUGGCUCUGUUUCUGACCUUUCACCUCUGUUAGGAGCAGUGCUUUUGGCUGCUUCAGUUUCCUCUGUACACCUUACUGGGUUUAAUUAAAACUCCUGAGGCGACAGUUUAACACAGUACUAAACUUCUAAAAAUAAAAUACGAGAAACUUAGAUGUAAUCAGGUUAUCAAAGGCAAGUAGUCAUACCCUUCUCCCUGCAUGGUAAAUCUAGGAGUCUUUACCCCUCCCUAUGAUUGUCCUUGUGAAUAGGUGUCACCAAUCCAUGAUUUACAAAACAGAGCACUGAUGCUGGACCUCAUGAUUUUUACUCUUACUCUUUUUCUCUCUGCAGGGCUUUGUCUCUUGUAAGGUUUAACUUGGUUAGCUUCAGCCUUUCCUCCAAAUCUGUAACUGGUCUGAAUCUGUCCUUUUUAGUAACAAAAAAGUUGAUUUGCUGUGAAAUGAUUUCCGAGGGUGGGGAGACCCGUUGCAGGGGUGUAUGUCUUCAUCCAUCUUGGCCUUGCACAUGGGAAGUGCAUCUCCUGACCGUCACAGCUCUUUCCCUUCUGCCAUUUUCCCCUUCUGGCCCUAGCUAACACAACGUAAAUAUGUAUAAAUUUUGAAGGAACCGAGCUAACGCUUAAAAAGUACAUUCUGUGUAUAUGAUUUUAAUGAAGAAAAACUGAUUACUGGCAUUAGAACUAUAUAGAUAGUGUAUUGGUCUGUACAGUUCAACCAAUUAUUGGCCACAUCACCUCUGCUUAGCAACUACAGUUCACUGACCACCGGCUUAACUCUGUGGUGGCGGCCUUUGGAGGAGGUUGCGCCUGGGAAGCUGGUUCCUGAUGCAGUGCGGAAGAGUAUCCAUCCCGGUGUUGCAUCUGCCCCGUCUCUGCACUGCAGCUAUUGCUGUUUUUGUUCAUGAUCCUGGUCCUGUGCGAUUUAAUGGUGUGCUAACCGGCUCUGCCCCCUCUCCUUCCUCUCUCUCUUUGGUAAGAAUUCUGCUUUACUCCAGCUUAAUUUCCUGCCUUAUUGUAUAGGAAUGCUGGGCUUUAUCGCACAUCUUACGUUUUCAUGGAAAUUAUUCUCAACUGGACUGUCAAGUAUUUUGCUCUAGGCUUCCUGAACUAUUCUGUGGCAUUUGACACUACGACUGAACAGGCUUAACCUCGCCUCCUCCCAAGUUCUUCCUUCUUUCCUUCCUCCUAUGGUCACAAGAGUCUCUAGGAAAGCGAACUAAUUAAAAGUGUGUAUAUGCAGACCUGCUUUUCUCCUUGGGUUACAGCCACAUGUGCAAACAAUCUUAACUCUGUACUGUAUUCUCCAUGGCAGCCUGGCCUCUCUCUUUUUCCAAAAAAAAGGAAAAGAAAAGAAAAAAGCAGGGGCAACAAAUGGUUAAGCAUGACUGGGGCAAGAUGAGCAUGUGUGAAUAUAUUGACUGCGAUGUUUCAAAUUCAGCAAAGUACAGAAGCCCCUGUCGAGACACUAAGCAAGGCCACGUUCCAAUAUGUAAAAGCAAAGGGUGAUAACCAGCAUAUUGUACAGUCAAUGUUAAAUAAAAGCCAAAACUGGAAUGUGCAAAUGAUUAGUGUUUGGGUAAGUUGUGCACUGUCCCUUGGUGUGUGUCCUUUUUGUUUGGCUCCAGUUAGGAUUUUCCCCUCAAACCUAAGAUUCUUAAAAUAGAUGGGUAUCCGAGAAUCUGCAGCUUGAAUUCCACCAUGCGGGGCGGGGCGGGGUUUUGCCCAGGGACCAUGACCUGUUGACACAAUGUAAGUUUGGGCAAAGGCAAUCUUUCUGCAGCUUGUUGGCGGUGCAAUAGCCCCUUCUUAUAUUCCCCCAAGUAAAGUUACAGUAGGUCUUUGUUUCUGUGACAAGACUUAUUUGGGCUGCUGUACUCAUUUAAUGUAACAAUGCUAUUAUCUAAAUAUUUGUAAAUAAAGUACCUGUAUCUAGAUACA